AAAUGUAAAAAUCUUCUCCUGGCGUCCAGGAAUCUCAUUGUUAACAAGAAAGUUUCAGGUGUUUGGGAUGACAAAAGGUGACUCAAUUCAGGAGAGAAGGCUUGUACAGAGGAGCCGUACAAACCCUCAUGCAAAUGGAGUUUUAUUGUCACUGAAAACUAAAAGAUCACAAACAAAAAGCCCACUAAAUGACACAGCAAUCAUCUCCCAUUAAAAAUCCCCCAGAACAUUGUCUGCAGUGUUGUGUAACUAAAGUGAUAGUGUUAUGCAAGGGGGGGGAAGAGUCAAAAAGUGAAAGGACUAUAAACAAAAGCUGGGAAGGGAAUGCCACCCUGUGUGCAGACAGGUUUGUGGUUGGGGUUUGGUGUGUUUAUUUGAAUAGGGUGCUGCUCAUUACCAACAUGAAGACACUAGUUUCAGGAUUUAGACAAAUUCUGUUGGGGUAAGCCUGGGAGAGAAGGAUAUAAUGUGGGAAUGUCGAGUGAGGACUAAAAUAAGCAGAGGUAGCAGGGGGGAGAGGACUGGAAAAGGAGCAGAGGUCACUGGGGAAUUAAGGACUGAUCACUGUUGGGAGAGAAGGGAGCAGGGAGUGCUUGGGCUGUGGUAAACUGCAAUUCCCAGCUAUAUCCUCCCAGGUAAUUAGGGCAUUAGGGGAGGAUAAGCAUAAAGUCACUUUAAACAUCAGUUGCUGUACUGUGCGUGUCUGGUACUUGUUUCUUCCCUCCCCCUGUACUUAUUUUACGUCAGCUUUUCCUUUUACAGUUCUUUCUCGUCUUUCAAGUAGAGUGCGUAUUCAGCAGAUGAAAAGCAAACUGGUUGCCAGUUUAGUAGCAUUUCAGCUGGUCUGGUUUUGAAACCGCAAGUAGCACACAAUGGAAAAAAUCCUUGAAAUGGUUUACCUAGGACAAAAAAGCUUUGCCCAGAAUGAACAUACAGCCCCUUCCUGAAUACCAUGCUGCAGUACUUGUCUUCCCUCCCUCUGCACUUUCUGGGUUGGUUUCUUUUCCCCCCCCAGAAGAUAACAGGUUUGGCUCUGGAAACUCACUUCCAAUAAGGUGGAGUGAAAUUAUUUUUGCUGCUUCUUGCCAAAAUGAAAUAAAAUGUGUCAAAGUGAAAAUUGCACCAUUCUCGCUGAGCCAAGGACUUGUACUAAAAUUUGGUUUUAAUUUUUUUUUUUUUUGUUGCAGCUGAUACUCUGUUUUGCUCAUUUAGCAAUGACUGUUUGUGUCUGUGUUUGUAAACUUCUUGGAGAAAUGCCAAGGACUGGAGACUGGGACUGUACCAGCUUUUGUAAAGUCUUUUUUGUGGCACUGAAAUGAGAGGAACACACGUGAAGUGUCUCACACGACUGUCUUCAGGGCAGAAACAUUGUGUGAAGUUUGCACCUUGCUGGGUUUGCUGUAAACUACCUACCGUAGCUAUAAUGACACCAGCCCUCAGAGAGGCAGCAACAAAAGGUCAUGGUAUCCACUUGUCACCUUCUUUGUCCUUUAGAGCUAUGGAGUCUGAUACAGCUUUGUGCAUGGAAAAUUCCAGAGCAGUGGAAGAGAAGAUAAAAGAGGACUCCAUCGCACAGAUUACUUGCUCAGUCCUGGGGUUCCCCACUGCUGAGCCCAACCUCAGGAAUGAUAUCUUCAGUGUGCAGCAUUUUGGUUCUCCACCAUCCUCCAAGCGCUAUCAGUCUGUCUUGUUAAUGAGUACAAAUUCUGCGUUUAGCAACAAAACCGGGAAGCAGCCAAAAGCGGGAGAGCCCGGCUGCUCCAGGAUGGGAAAGUCAUUGCAUAAUAGUGCUGACACCUCAGCCGGGCAGAUUAGUCAUUCAGAACCUGAGGAACAGGUCAAAGGGGAAAUAUUUUCAGAGACCACAUCUCCGAAUCUGGCAGGAACGCAGAGACUUUCGGAUUCCAAUGUAACCGAAUCCAGUAAUGCAGAAGAAAUACAGCUUUUAAAUGGUAAAUGGUACAAGAAGAAUGGUUUUUUGGGUAGGGCUUUGGAAGUCUGCACUGAAACAAUAAAGGGGGAUUUAUUACACCAAAUUCUUCAUGGGCCUUCGGAAGGGAUUGUGAGCUGCACCCCAGAGGAGGUGUAUGCUCGCUUACUCCAGUGUGUCACUAAGCAACAAAUGGAAAUCAGUCGUGCCAAAAGAACUCAGAAACGUUUACAAAUGCUCCUGGCAAAGCAUGUUAUCAAACACUGCGAUCAGCAGCUGAAAUGCUUUGUGAAACAUCAGCUACAAAGGAUGAAGGUUUUCCAUGAGCCAACCAGAUUUUUGAGCAGUAGCUCCCUCAGGUGCACUGAAGGUUGGCCAGAAAACAACACAACUACUUUGGAGAGUAGUUCGAGUACGGACCCACAGAACGGAGUUAACAUUGCACCAGGUGAAAUCCGGGGAUUUGCACUUCAUACUGGAGGGCUGCUGUCCCGCGUGGAGAAGGAUCUGGACUCCGAUGCAACAUGUAGCAGCUCAGAUGAAGAUGGUGAGGAACAGACUGUAAGAACAACUGUGGAAGCCUAUACUUCUGAAUGGAAGUGGCUUGCAGACAGAGCUAGAAUUGGCAGCCGUUGGACAUGGCUUCAAGCCCAGAUUACAGAACUAGAAUACAAAAUCCAACAACUAACUGACCUUCACAGGCAGAUACGUGCCACCAAGAAUGUAUUGACUGCAAAGACUAUAACCAACUUCAAAUCCAAGGGUGGCUGUUCCGUACAGAAAAACCUCUUCUUAAAUCAGCAGGGGAUGGUGAUCUUAGAAGAAUUCCCAUUUCCAAAAGACAUUUUGAAGAAGCAAAUACAAUUGACAGACCAAGAAGCUUUAUUAAACGCCACAGGGAAUUCGCAAGCUGCCAUUGAGAGACAGGAUUCUUUGCCGGAGCAUGACUUUGAAAUGUCACCCAGCAGUCCUACCCUGCUCUUACGAAACAUAGAGAAACAGAGUGCACAACUGAGUGAAAUCAUCAGCAGCCUGAUUGCUCCACUCAAUCUGUCUCCAGCUUCUUCAUCUCUUUCAUCCAAGGCCUGUAGGCACAGGCAGCUGGUCAAUGGCAUCUCCUUCAGAGCUUCAGACAACAGAGAGGUAUCCUCUUCGGGUAGCUGGUUGCUUGAUCAUCAGCACAUCAAGAAAAGAAGAAGAGACAGGACAAGACUAAGACCUCUUGCUGUGGCUAGUGGGAGCACAUCUGCCCGGACAAGGCCACUUCAUAGCUUCCAGAAGAGGAAACUCUACAGAAUGCACGGUGCCUGUCACUGGAAUCAGCAGACUUUGCCAUCUAGAGAUGUCUCCUUUCCAUAUAAAACUCAGUUCCCAUAUAGCGAGUACAGCACAGAAUCUAAAAUACUAGAUUACGUGCAACAGUUGGACUCCUCCUUCCAUCCAGUCUUAUCAUUCCCUGCAGAUAUUCCUCUUCACAUAUACUUUGAAACAUUAUUAAAGAAGGAUGACAUCAAAGGAGAACCUGUUGAUACCUCAUCUUCGGGAGGGGAAGUUAAAGCAUCUCCAGACAAUGACCAUAAUCAGCAUAAUGUUUCUGUCAAGCAAUGGAGCGAUGGCUGUUUAUCUACUUCCAAAUCUCAGUCAGUGUCAGGAACAUCUGACCAGCUGUCAGAAGGCAGAAAGAAGAGGCAUCUCAGUGAGACAGCAGUAGGAGAACAUAACACUAGGUUUGAGACAUUCUCCUUUCAACACGCAGAACCCGAAUCCCACAGCAGUUUUGCUGCCGCGACCAAUGUCAAUGCGAUGUCUAAGCCCUCUCCCAGCACUUCAUCACAGCAUAACUCCAGGAGGAGGUUGAGAAGCGAGAGCUCCUAUGAUAUAGACAACAUUGUUAUUCCAAUGUCGCUGGUGGCGCCAUCGAAGUUGGAGAAACUACAGUACAAAGAAAUCCUCACACCAAGCUGGAGAGUUGUUGAAUUUCAACCUUUAGAAAGCUCUCCUACAGAUGAAGAAGAGAUAGAAGAUCUGUCAGAUGAAGUGUUUGCCUUACGCCACAGCAAGUAUGAAGAACGAGAGAGAGCAAGGUGGUCGCUGUGGGAGCAGAGCCGCUGGCCCAGGAGGAAUAGCAGGUCUUACAGCAGAAGUGCUGACGGGCGACACAGCCAAGAUUCGGCGCAGAAGGACCACCAGAGCAGCUCCUGCGCCUCGCUGCACUGCGCUGCUGAGCCUGUGCCCAACUUGACUUCAGAGGCCCCCAGCUCUGUUUGUUCAGGGACUGCACAACUCUGCAGGGAGAACCAGGAAGCAAAGUCUGGACUGUGGGAACUUCGAGUUUUUCCACUAAAAGAUGAAGAGGUAGAAGCUUUACUGUGCCAAGAUCAAGUAACGAAUCGGACUGAAAUGUCAAGUGCAGCUUUGCCCAGCGACUCUCUCUGUACUUCCUGCACACCCGUUGGGCUGACAGACAAUGGCCAUCCACCACGGAAACAACCCACCGAAGAGGCAGAAGACUGCGAAAACGCUUGCCUGGGAAUCAGCAAUACAAGAAAACAAAGGUGACAGGGAAUAAGGUGGUUCAUUAAGAAAGCCAAUUAAGGUGGAGAAAAGUGUAAGGUAAAAUCUCUCUUGUUCAGCAUAUGACAGCACAAUUCAAACCCUGUACGUUAGCCGCAUAUAAUAUAUUUUCUUUCUUGCUUUGUAACAGGCAGGAUAAAUCCCAAAGACAACACUUUCUUCUUCCUGAACCCCAAGAGAAAGUAAUUAUUUCAAGCUGGAAGUCUAAUAUUCCCAAUGUCGGGAGUGGGCGCACAUAAAUUGCUGGCACCAUUCACUUUCUGUUGUCAUAUUGCCACCUUGUUAAUAAUCAUCCUUUUCUGUUUUGUUUGUUUUCAAAUGCAUUUCUGGUUCUAGUGGAUUCUGGGGCAGCAGGAUAUGCUGUCUACCUUAACCAACAACUUCAACUGAACACAGAAAAACUACUUGAAAAAAUAGUGGGGAGAAGAGAGAGCCUCAGAUUAUUUUCCUGUGUGGCAUGACCACGGGGCAGAAAUCUGCCUCUUUAAAUGCAUGUGUGUAACCCAUGCGUAAGAUAAGGGUAGGUUGAGAACGGGCAGUUUCAAAGCAGGCGCUCUGGAAGCCUUGCAUCUAGCUUAAAACUUGUACCCAGCUCUCCGUAGUGCCAGGACAUGUUUCAUAUAGAUGUCCUCCAGCAAUGAAAUAGGGAUAGACCACUGCAUUUCAAUAGCCGCUGUAUCUGCUACUCACAAAGUAGGGUUUCUGCUUCAGUCGGGCGGGUAUAGAGAAACAGAAGGAAAGAGCAGUCGAGUCCAAUCAGUGACGCAGCUCUCUGAAUAUUGUGGUUUGGGUCAUCUUACUUCCUUAGUCCUCCAGUAGCAAAUGAGGCUCAUAAUAUUUUGCUUUAAUAUGUUAAAGACAAAGUCUUGUUCCAGUUUCUGUACAGUGCCUUGCAAGAGUCUCGUAAGUAUGCCAACAUUUGGUAACUAGCUGAAAAGGAAAAGAUGACUGAUGUCUAGAAGACCAAUAAAGAAAAAGACCCCAAAGCUUCCCAUUGUGAUUCCCAGCCAGUUCACAGUGAGGAAACAAAAGCAAGUUGUUGAAACUUGCAUCUAAAUAGUGUAGUUUGCAAUGUAUCUGCAAUCUCAAGAGGUAUUAACAAAGAUUAAACAUUGAAUGUAGGUAUAAUCCAUCAACAGGAAGUUUUUCUGUGUAGGACAGUUGAAGGCAAUUUAAUAGGAGUCUGUGCUUUUGUGCAAAAUUCCUUCCGUGUGUAACAUCUGGAAUGGCACUGGACAGAUGACCCAGUUUUAGUGUCAAUUUUUAUUUUUUGGUCAAAAUGACAGGAAAUACACACUGGGCAUCUGAAAACAGUUCAGUAAAGUUUCAACACUACAACCUAUUGCUACAUUGUAGUUUAUUGCACAUUCUGAUUAUUUUUUUAAACACUUUUUUAACACUGGUUUGUCUUAAACUUGAAUCUUGCCUCAAUGUCUGAUACAAUAAUCUUUGAUGCAAGGUUGGUUUUUUUUUUAAUUAAAAGUUAUUUCUAUA